UAUUUUGAAGGCAUCAUAUUCUCAACAUUAAACAGCUAGCCAUGAAAAUCCCACUUGUAUUCACUCCUUUCCUCCUCCUCUUCUCCCUUGCACAAGGGCUGAACUCCCCCAAAUGUGAUUCUCAUGAUGAUGGAUCAACACUCAAAGUGUUCCAUGUGUUCAGCCAAUGUUCCCCAUUCAGACCAGCAAAGGCAAUGUCAUGGGAAGAGAGUGUCCUGCAGCUGCAAGCCAAGGACCAAGCCAGGAUGCAGUACCUCUCCAGCCUUGUUGCUAGAAGAUCAGUUUUGCCCGUUGCCUCAGGGAGGCAGAUCACACAGAGUCCAACAUACAUUGUCAGGGCCAAGAUUGGUACCCCACCUCAGACCUUGCUACUGGCCAUGGACACCAACAAUGAUGCUGCUUGGGUCCCUUGUACUGGCUGCGUUGGUUGCUCUUCACCAACACCUUUCUCUCCUGCUAAGUCCACCACUUUCAGGAACCUUACCUGUGGAUCUCCUCAGUGCAACCAGGUACCCAACCCCACUUGCAGUGGAAGCGCGUGCAGUUUCAACCUGACAUACGGCAGCUCCACCGUGGCAGCUAACUUGGUCCGUGACACACUGACCCUAGCAGCUGACCGAGUCCCAGGCUACACCUUUGGCUGCAUUCAAAAGGCAACAGGGAGUUCAGUUCCACAGCAGGGGCUCUUGGGCCUGGGCCGAGGCCCGUUGUCACUUCUGGCCCAAACCCAAAACCUCUACAAAUCUACAUUUUCUUACUGUUUGCCCAGCUUCAAAGCACUCAACUUCACUGGAUCACUGAGACUUGGGCUGGCCCAGCCCACUAGGCUCAAGUUUACUCCCCUUCUCAAAAAUCCUCGGAGGUCAUCACUCUACUAUGUUAACUUGGUUGCUAUCAAGGUUGGCCGGAAAAUCGUUGAUAUCCCACCGGCAGCACUGGCGUUCAACCCAGCAACCGGCGCAGGCACAAUUUUUGAUUCUGGUACCGUAUUCACCCGAUUGGUUGAACCAGCUUACACAGCCGUCCGAAAUGAGUUUCGACGACGAGUUGGUCGGAGAGUCCCCGUGACAACCCUAGGAGGGUUUGACACAUGCUACACUGGGUCAAUAGUUGUACCCCCAAUAACAUUCAUGUUCUCCGGCAUGAAUGUUACACUUCCAACAGACAACAUCGUCAUACACAGCACCGCCGGAAGCAUCACAUGCUUGGCCAUGGCAGUGACACCAAAUAAUGUGAACUCUGUGCUGAACGUGAUUGCCAACAUGCAACAACAAAACCAUCGUGUGCUCUACGACGUGCCCAACUCAAGGCUUGGCAUUGCUCGUGAGCUUUGCUCCUAAUUAUGAAGUUGUUCUUGGUCAAUAAUUUUCGUGAUUGUAGGCACAAUAAUUAAUAUUGUCAAAGUUAUUUGGUUAUUGGUAUUUGAUCUGUUUCAUGUGAUUUGGGUUUUGGCAUUGCUAACUAAGUAGAAGAUACUGAGCUAUCAUGUUUAAGGAAUUACAUCUAAGUUUUUAAGUUAUAUAAUAACUUUAAUUUGUAAUGGUAUGUGGUGUUUACAGGCUUC